GUUGAUGUCUUUGCUAAGAAGUGCUUUUUUGCAAAAGCAAUGCAGAUCGAAGAUGAGAUUUCCCUUGACGAUGAUGGUGACAUCCUAGAUACUGUUCGCUUCGGAUUUCCAAGACACUGUUAUGCACGUACAGAUAUUUUUAACGAGAUGGACGACCUAUCGUUUUUCAGGAGAUUUCGGCUCCAAGAAAACACUGUCCUCAGAUUGGUAGAACAAAAUCAUCUACUCGCGUUUGAUAACAGUUUGAAUAAUAGUGUGUCGCCCAUUAAUCAGCUCGUUACAUGCCUACAAUUUUAUGACUUCAAUGUACAUUAAAAUUGUAUUAGAGACUUUAUUAGCAUGCAUCAGGCAACAGCAUCUCGUAUAAUUGCAAAAGUUUCAACAGCAAUAGCAGGUUUAUCAAAUCAAUAUAUCAGAAUGCCCAACGAAGCUGAUGAAAUAGUAAGAGUUCAGAAUGGCUUCUAUAGGAUCUGUAGAUUACCACGAGUCGUUGAAUGCAUUGACGGGACGCACACAAAGAUGUGAUCACCAGGAGCUCAAGAUGGAGAAGUUUUUCGUAAUAGAAAGUCAUAUUUUUCUAUAAAUACUCAAAUAGUUUUUGGGCCAGAUUUGAAAAUAUUUGAUAUUGUUGCUCGAUGGCCAGGAUCUUUCCAUAACUGAACUAUUUUCAAUGCCUCCCACCUAAGAACAGGCAUUGAAGGUAGAGAAUUUCAGAACGCGGUGCUCUUGAGAGAUAGUGGUUAUCAGCUGAAAGUCUACCUAAUGACACAUCUACAAAAUCCAGGCAAUGUUGUCGAAAAUCUUCAUAAUAACGCUCAUGUGAAAUGUAGUAGAAACAUUAAUUGGUGUUUGGAAACGUCGGUUCCCAGUAUUAGCCUAUGGUAGUCGGUGUCGAUUAGAUAACGGUUCAACUACAAUUGUUGCCACUGCUGUGCUAGCAAAACAUGGCCGUGAAUAUGCUAGCUCAAGGAUUUGCCUUCCUAUCCAAGAUAACUCAAUGGUCAAGAGCUGGAUUACCUAAUUUUACAAGGAGACCUUCCUCAUGUACAUGCAGCGAAUGUUGGUCAAGACCCAUUUAAUUUUCGCCAAAAUCUAAAAGAUAACUAUUUUAGUUAUUUUUAAAAUAUCUGGAUAAUAA